AUGGGAAAUUCAGGAAUACGAAAAUUAUGGUUUUUGGAUUCUCCUGUUGAAACUCCUUAUAAAUCAAUUUAUGAAAUUGAUGUAAUCAAUAUAAAUAAAAGUGAAGAAUCACUUUCUCAAUAUAAAGGUUAAAAAAUAAUAAUAGUUAAUGUUGCAAUCGAUUCUCCUGAAUUGAAUGAUUAAUUAAAUUAUUUAAAAUCUUUACCUUAUCAAGUAUUACUCUUUCCAAAAUAUGAUAAUAAAUACACCUAUUAAUAGAUAGCAAAUAAAUUAUAAGGAUUUAAAGUAUUUUAGAAAGUGGAAUUGAAUGGUUAAUAUACACAUCCAUUAUAUAAAUUUUUAAAGAGACAAACACCUUAACUCUAUGAUGAGAAAUUGGCCAAUGGGAGAUAAAUCAAACAAGAUUUUUGUAAAUUCUUGAUAUCUGAAGAAGGUUAACCAAUUAAGUACUUAUUACAAAAUGAGAAAUUAUGAAUU